AUGUUCCUUGCCGGUGUCGGCAGCAACAUACUGGCACUCACGAUAUUAUACCGCCGGCGGUGUGAUCUCAGAACUGUAAAGUUCUAUAACUUGGCCAAGGGCCUGGUUUGGACAGAUUUGCUCGGUAUAAUAUUUACGACACCAUCUGUUGUAGCUGCGUACGUUAAUAGAGGAUGGACAGGUGGACACGUUCAUUGUAGCUUCCAUGGCUUCACUAUGACAUGUUUUGGACUUGCAACGCCAUUAAUAAUUUGUGCAAUGGCGAUUGAACGCUUUAUGGCUGUCAAGUGUGUUUUCUUCUAUUCAAGUCGAUGUAAGAAUGAAAUAGCAAAAAGAUGCAUUGUUCUUAUCUGGGUGUUUGUAAUUGGCUUUGGUAUGUUGCCCUUUAUUGGAUUCGGUCAGUUUACAAAACAAUAUCCGGGAACGUGGUGUUUUCUUGACUUCCAUUCACAUAACAUAUUUGGGAAAAUAUACGCCUUUCUUUAUGCAUGUAUAAACGUUAUCCUCAUACUACUGAUGAUAUUUUGCAAUACGUUUGUUGUGUGCUGCUUAGCACAAAGAAGAUUUGUGCGGAAACAAAAACGGAGGAGAUUUGUCAGUACAAUGGCAUCCAUGACAACGAUGGAAAAUGAGGCGCUUACCACAUCGAGCCAGCAACGACAGAAAAAACGUUCCAUGGACGUGGAGAUCUAUAGUAUUAUCUUCCUGUUUGCUCUUAGCCUAGUAUUCGCUAUAUGCUGGGGACCAUUCAUGAUUCAAAUUUUGCGCACCUUGAUAACGGAAGAGUCGGAUGUUAUUUUGGACAUUGCAGCUGUUCGACUGGCCAGUCUUAAUCAAAUACUUGACCCAUGGUUGUAUAUUUUGUUCAGGCGGUCGUUUAUAUCAAAGAUCAGAAGAAGUCUUGCAGCGAUGAAAAACUACUGUUGCUAUGAAUUCGACAUCCUUGAAGAAACAGAUGUGCAAAGGGUCGACCCUGUUGUUAGUGCUAAAACGAUGUCACGAAAUGAUAUUCAUGAGAACUGUGAUAACAAGGGAACACAUGGGGGUGAGGUGUUUGAAGUCGAAGCUAAAAAGUCAUCUGAUACAAGUGUGGUUACCAAUACGUUAUGUCCAGUCGAUGAAACAAAAGAAACUCCAGUGAAUAGCAACAGUUAUGUCAAUAAAAGACGCUGUAUCUGUGAACUGUAUUUUAAAAGAGCACCGCAAUCUGAGCAUUCCAAUGAUGGAAUCUAUGUAAAGGUGUACUAUUUCCCUUCAAGUCCCUCCCUUAUGUAUUACACUCCGGAAAGUACCGACGAAAGCUCUAGAAAAUUACAAAAGUCCAUUUCUCUUCAAUAA